ACCUAGCGUUUGAUGUCAGAACUAGUGUGAUCGGCGCGCCGCGGUUGUGGCGAUGCAACUGCAAGUCACCACAAAUAUAAAAACUUCAUUUUAAUUACUUGAUUGAUUUAAUUAUCUGUGAUGUCAUAUAUAUUUAAUAUCAAACAAAUUAUUAUUGUUUAAUUGUCCAAUUCUAAAUUACUUAGUCUAAAAUUAAUAGAAACAUUAGUUUGGUAAUGUUGGUAAGACUGUUACGUAAAAUAAUCUCGCGUGUGGUUAAAGUGUGGUUAGAAGAGUUUAUUAUUAUCGUUUAAUAAUAGAAAGAUUUAAAGUAAAAAACAAUCAUGAGAUUAACUAAUUAUUUAUUUAAAAGAGUUGCAGAAUGGACGAAGAAAUAUUCAAAUUUACCUGACUCCUACAUAGACCGUACCAUGCGACAAGUUUAUUGGAAAACUCCUAGAAAAGUUCAAUAUCUUAAUCGUACUCACGAACGUAAACGUUAUUGGUUUUCAAUUCAUAAACCUUGGACGAAUCUUUUUAAGAUAGAAAAUGCUAAAAUAGAGUUGCCCCCAGCUAUUCCUGUUGAGCCUAUCAAAGAUUGGAGUUUUUUCCGUGGCGACAGAGUUGAAAUAUUAGUAGGAAGAGAUAAAGGUAAACAAGGUAUAGUCAAAGAAAUAAUACAGGAAAGAAAUUGGGUCAUUGUUGAGGGUCUUAAUACUAAAUUGGAGUGUAUAGGAAAAUCUAAAACGUUUCCUGGAAUAUUCAUGGCAACUGAACAACCGUUAUUAGUUACUACUGAUAUCGUUUUGGUCGAUCCUCAUGAUUUAAAUGGAACGAAGAUAGAAUGGAGAUAUACAGAAAUGGGUGAGAAAGUACGCGUAUCCGUUAGAACCGGUAGAAUUAUUCCGAUUCCGGAAUCUGCACUAGAAACUAUAGAUUAUAAGUCUCCUCAGCUUUACAAAGAUCAAAGUAAAGAUACGUCUAAGGAUGAUGCAGAAACAGUAACAUUUCAACCAGCAUUAAAAACUUUCGAAAUGGAUAUUAUGGAAAAAAUGGGUAUUCAGGAAGAUCGUGUACCUAAGAAAGUGUAUUGGUAUUAGAGUAUAUUGUAAGUAGAUAUAUGUAUUAAUACAUUUAUUAAAUAAACAAAAAAAUUAUCUAUUUAUCUAUAUAUUAACUGGGAUAAUUUUUACCAAAA